GGAAUCUACGAGGAAAACUGCAUCAGAUGAUAUAUAAUUCGAUGUGUUUCGAAAAACAAGUUUUUGUCCAAAAUUUUAGACAAAAACCUGAGGGAGAGGCAAAAAUUUCGAGGGGAACUUUUUGUCUGCCGUCAAGUGUGGUCACCGAUUAAGGGAAUCCAACCACUUAUGGGACAUAGCAGAAUUCAUCAUAGAGGUUCAAGUAAGAUGGCAAACGGAGAGAAUGAUUGGAACAGAAGCCGAAUAUUACUAUAACAACUGACCUUAAGAUGUUUUAGGGAUUUUUCCGUAGAACUCGUGGAUAAUUAAUGGAAACGAAUUAAAUUGCACCGUUUAAGGGAUAUGAGUCAUAUAUGAAUAAGAUAGACUGAAAAUAUGUAGAAUUAAGAAGAAAAUAGUGUUUUAAGAACGAGAUCUGCACUUUUCAUGUCUACCGUGUGUUCACUAGCUGACAGCAGUGAAGUGCACCGCGACUAUGAAAUUUCUUCUGUGUUUUUGAUUGCAAAACUCGGCUGAAAGUAACUUAAUAAGAUCAGGGAUCUGAGGAAAAGCGAUUGUUGUUCAUCGGAUAUGCAUGAUGAAAUGGAAGAUUCUGCUUUUCUUUUCAGAUUGCUAUCUAUUUAGACUAUCACACACUUCCUUUGCUCAACUAAAACAAAUAAGUUUUUCGCUGCGCUCACUUCUGUUUUGUUUUAUCUAUUUAGACUGUCACACACUUCAUUGGUCAGCUAAAACAAAUAAGUUUUUUCGCUGCGCUUACUUCUGUUUUGUUCAACACAGUUCUUGCCUUUUUUUCGCCAUUCUCUCCUUAGUUGCGUUAUCCUUUCGUUUCUUUGUACAGUCAAUUUUAUUGUUGUUUGCUCAUUAUUUAAAUAUUUGCAGUAUAACUUCCGUAAUUUCUUGUGUAUGACUGUGUUUCAUUGUUUAUUUGUGUAGUUAGGUUGGUUCAAGCUAAAACGUCAAACGAUCCCAACAUUCAUAAAGCCUGCGAAUUCAUUCGAAAAAAUAAGAAAAACAUUUCUAUCAAACGUUACGUUGAUGAUGUUCUCGGUGGGGAUGAGAAAGAAGGUGUUAUUCUCGGUGGUCUAAUUUUGGUCGCUGAUGAAGAUGUGGCUGAACUUGUUAUGUGUUAUUACAAAAAUCGUUUUGGUGGUGCUACACGAACGGUGCAUGCAGCGUUAAACAAAAUGUAUUAUCGUAUAUCUGAAAAUCGUAUCGUCGACGUGAUCAAAUCAAGUGGCGAAAAUGGAAUGGUAAAACCUGAAUUUUCGAACAAAAAACCGAACAAGAUAAUCCAAGCUAGAGCAAUAAUGGAAAGAGUACAAGUUGAUCUGGUCGAUUUAAGCAAAAAACCUGUUCUUCAUGGUGGUCAACAGUUGGUAUUCUCCGACUUGUUUUCAUCGUCAUCAUUACAUUAUUCUGUUUUAGGAGAGGUUGCUCAUGAGUUGAGCAAAAUAUUUGCGGAGAACGGUAAUCCGAAAAUAAUUCAGACAGAUCGUGGUACAGAAUUUCUCGGUGCGUUGACUGAAUUAUGCAAAGAACGAGGCAUACGUCGAAUUCGAAGUAGUGCAUAUCACCCCGAAUCACAGGGGAAAGUGGAACGUAUCAAUCGAACGUGGAAAUCAAAACUAAUCUUUGACUUUUUGGUUAAUAAUGAAACAAACUGGCUAAUUAAAUUACCAUCAUAUGCUGAAACGUAUAACACGACAAAUAAUAGAGCUUUAGGCAAUUUAUCGCCGUUUUAUGUUUAUCAUGGACGCCAAUAUUUUCAUGGAAAUGGUAGUGACAAUGGACAGGAUGAAAAUGAUGAUGAUGAUUAUGUUGAUCUUGAUGAAAAUGUGAACGAUGAUGAGAUCCAAAAACGAUUACAAGAAAGAAUGGAGUCUAAAACAAAUGCCGAGCAAAAAAUGCAAAAAUAUUAUGGAAAACAACAAGAGAUAUAUGAAAAAAAUGCCAUAUGCGUUAAAUAUGAAGUUGGAGGUAACAUGUUUAGAACGCUAGUAAUGGUGAAAUUACAUGGCAAACGGUUCAAAUUAUUUCAAAAACGUUACAUAACUGCAAAUGGAACAAUCGUCAAAGCAAAACAUGAUCAUUAUCAAUAUCUUGUCAAGUACAAACUAAACGGAACUGUCCAAGAGGACUGGUUUUUGGUCGACGACGUUACGUGCCAAACAGUGAAAGAACAGGAAUAUCGACUAAAUCUUGCUAAACGAAAACGUGAAAAUGAUGACAAUAGCAUCGAUGUCAAAGAAUCGGAAAAAGUGAAAGUUGAACCGAGUAAGCGACUGAAACACACAUAA